AUGUCUAAGAUUUAUACGGCACUGGCAGCCAAAAAGAGUUCAUCGUCGGUAAAAUGUGAUGACGAAAGCCGUAAGAAAGCAGAUAUUUGUGCCGACAAACUGUGGUUUGUUGGACGCAAUUCACGAAAAUAUCCCGAAUCGAGACCACAGAUGCAAAAACAUUGCAAACAGACAUUGAAUUUGAUUAAAUGCGCCAAAGAUUAUACCGAUAAGUGCGCUAAAGGAGUACAAAAACAGUUGGCAAAUGUCAUGCUUUUUACGGUUAAGUCUAAUCAGAAGACCUACUGUUCCAAAGCAGUCAAACGCGAGGAAGUCAUACAGUUUGCUGCCUGUGGUAACUCUAUUAGAGAUCAGUCAACCACCUGUAUGGACAACUUUAUGACCAGUUUGGGAAAGGCUAAUGUUAUGGAUCAAAAAUUUAAAAUACCCCAAGCGUGUUGUGCUUUCCACACAAUGAAAUCAUGUAUAAUAAAAGCCGCCCAGAAAAAGGGUUCGCCCUCUUGCGAGGACAAGUCGAUGGAGGCAUACGACCGGUAUAUCAAUGCAAUGGCGGGAAACACAUUGAACCUGAUGUGCACUGACUAUGAAGAGGACUCCGAUAAAUGUACAAAAUUGCCGCCACUGCCUGCCGGUGCCAAGUUUGAAAAGGCACCUACCAUUAUGGUUGGAUUUGGAGACUUAUUACUUAAUGUUUAAAUUUGGUUAACAGAAAGUAUUAAUUAAUUAAUUAU